AUGCCACAUAUCAUUGCCCAUCUGAGCUGCCUUUCAGUGUCACCCAUCAGUGCCAGCCAGUGCCACCUAUCAAUGCCAAUCAUGCCGCCUAUCAGUGAGCAUCAGUGCCGCCUAUCAGUGCCUGUCAGUGCCGCCUAUCAGUGCCAGUCAGUGCCACCUAUCAGUGCCAUGUAUCAGUGCCAUGUAUCAGUGCCAUGUAUCAGUGCUGCCUUUCAGUGCCCAUCAGUGAUGCCUAUCAAUGCCCAUCAGUGCCACCUACCAGUGCCUCCUCAUCAGUGACCAUUAGUGCCACCUAUCAGUGUCCAUCAGUGCAGCCUAUCAGUGCCCAUCAGUGCAGCCUCAUUAG